UACUUCCGCUCGAGCAAGACCGCUUGGCCAUCAACUGGCUCAAGCUGGCGCCCCAUAAUCUCUCUACCUCUCUCUUGGCUCGUAGCACAACCCUCCUUAGAAGUCUGAAUAUUCAGACUUCGCCAUUGUCAUCGACCAGUUCCCCGCUUUACAGGCUUAAUCGUGUCAUCAUGACAACCUCUGAGGUCCUGAGUCCCCCUCCGCCGGCCGCGGUCGCAAGCCUUGCCGCGCCGCAACUGCACAGCGUGGACCUGCAGUCCCUGCACCUUCCUCUGGUUCCCGACGUCGUCAACGUUGAAAACGGCAACCUGCCCGUCUUUGCCCGUAACUCCCGUCGUAACGAGUCGAGCAAGAUGAACAACUUUGGCCAGCCAACCAUGCUCGACAUGAAGGCCGAGGCCCUGGAGAUGGUCCAGUUGGACAACUGGAGCGUCCAGCCUGUGGACCGCGGCCCGGCAGCUGCGGCGCCUGAUCCGAAGCUGCUGCGUUCCUGGCAGUACCAGGUGACCGGCAAGCUUGCGACGGCUCAGGUGCUGGUGGACCUGAAGGUGGAGCACAUCAAGGCUGGUGGCCCCGUGGGAAUGAAGCAGGAGGCCAUCAAGCACAUUGUGCACCACAAGCCUGACGACACGUUCUACAUGGUCGAUCUGGCAAACGUACAGCGCAUGUACAAGGCUAGCCCUGCCUGAUUUCUCGCACCACCCAUUUGGCAUGUGCCCUUCACACCCGCACCGUGCACCACCACCACCACGCGCUCGCCGCCGCCUCAUCUACUGUCUCUACGCCUCGUAACGCCUGCACCAAGCUGCUCUGCUUGGCCUGGAGUCUUCCGGGCCCUGCCAUCAGCGACCUCCCGUCAUCGCACACGCCUCACCAAGCGCGAGCCUUUCCUCCCGAGGGCAAGGUCUGAGCGGUGGUGGUGGUGGUGGCGGCUGGCACCGGAGUCAAGAUUGGAGCAUGGAUUGGAGCGGCGGAGCCUGAAGACCCUGCACUCUGCAAACAGCACAGCCCAACCUGUUGUUGCUCCUGGUAACCCUCUCGCAUACUCACGGACCAUAACCUAGCCGCCUUUCCUACUAACUGGGCCGGUGUUCUCUCUCUUGUCUAGCAGCUAGGUGGUCGGCACUGGGCGCCUUGCACCGCAUGUUGUUGCUGUGUUGUCUGCGCGGGUGUGGCGCGUAUGUGUGUGUUAUGUGUGUCGUCUUCGUCUUGUUCCUGUGCCGUGUGGGGCGUGUUGUGUUAAGCUCCGGAACCCAGCACGCAUACCGCUUUCGCGUCGCGAUGCAUGGAUUCGGCAGCUAGUGCCUGUGUAGUGACCUUGUCCGCGCGUUGCACACGCAUUAAGCCACGUGGCGUCCUCCUGGCCUUCCACGAGACCAGAGAACACGCCAUCACGGCCAGGAGGGCCCGUGGCUACCUUCGGCGCCUUCUUACCUCCCAAUUACCCAAAAUUGGGGGUGAAGGACUUGCCAACUCCAGGUGGUUGCUGACGGUUUUCUGUGCCGAUUUCCCUCAGGCGUGGCGCGCCGCGAUGCCCCGUGUUGUGCCCUUCUACGCGGUCAAGUGCAACCCGGAGCCCGGCAUCCUCAAGCUGCUGGUGGCCAUGGGAGCUGGCUUCGACUGCGCCUCCAAGGGCGAGCUCGACAUGAUGCUGCGCAUGGGCGUCUCGCCCAGCCGCAUCAUCUUUGCGCACCCCUGCAAGCGCCCGUCUGACAUCCGCUAUGCCCGUGACCACGGCAUUCAGUACACCACGUUCGACACGGUCUCGGAGCUGCACAAGAUUGCUCAGAUCAACCCUGACUUCAAGUGCGUCCUCCGCAUCCGUGCCGACGACCCGGACGCCCGCGUGCCCCUGGGCCUGAAGUACGGUGCUGAGGUGUGCGAGGCGCCUAUGCUGCUGCGCACCGCCAAGGAGCUGGGCCUGCAGGUGGUAGGCGUCAGCUUCCACGUUGGCAGCGCCUGCCAGAACCUGUCCACCUUCUCCGGUGCCAUCGAGAACGCCCGCAAGGUGUUCGAUGAGGCCCACCAGUGCGGCUUCAACAUGGAGCUGCUGGACAUUGGCGGCGGCUUCACCGGCCACUUCGACGAGAUGGGCAACGUGAUGUUCGGCGAGAUUGCCAACACCAUCAACACUGCCCUGGCGGCCUACUUCCCUCCGGAGAUGAACGUCCGCGUCAUUGCUGAGCCGGGCCGCUACUUUGCCGAGACCAGCAGCACUCUUCUGACGCCCGUCUACGGCCAGCGUGACCGCGUGACGGCCGAGGGCGUGAUCAAGAAGGACUACUGGCUGACGGACGGCCUGUACGGCAGCUUCAACUGCAUUCUCUACGACGGCCAGACGCCCGCCUACAAGGUCGUGCGUUCUCCGCUGAUGCCGGAGCCCACCGACAACAGCACCUUCACUUCGACGCUGUGGGGCCCUACCUGCGACAGUGCUGACUGCGUUUACAAGGACGUGACCCUGCCCUCGCUGCGCAACGGCGACUGGCUGAUGUGGAACAACGCCGGCGCCUACACUGUUGCGGGCGCCUGCGACUUUAACGGCAUCGAGUUCACCACCCCCGGCAAGCUGUACGUUUGGUCGGACAGCGCGGUGGAUGUGGUUGAGGAGGUGGAGGAGCAGGCCAUGCACGCCUAAGUAGGCAUACUGCAUAUGCAUUUUGAACAGGGAUUUGCAAGGGUAUGCGUUGCGGCACGUAACGUAUGUCGUGCGGUCUUGAUUGGGCCAAGAGGCAAACAUGUGGCUAUUGGUCUUGCAUUAACCUAAACAUUGCAAAUGUCAAAAUCUGGAUUGGUCAUGCACGUGCGGUAGUAUGGUGGGUGUCUGUCGAUGAAUUGUUAUAGGCUAGCACACUGAUUCGUUAUCAUCCUUAGUUCGGUUUCUUUCCUUUCCUAUGCCCUUUUCUGAUUCCGUUUUGUGUGAUCGUGGAAAAGCAUUUGCCGGGUUGCUAAUACCUGGCAAAGCAUUUGAAACAAUUUAUCCCUGUGGGGUCAACAUCAAAACCCUGGUGUGACAUCAAGCAGGAUGGAUACAAUGAUGGGGAUACAAAUACUUGUAACAGGCAAGUUGACUCGAUGA